UUAGUCGCAGGUUCACCAUCCGCGACUCACUGACUGAGUGAGUGUUGACCAAAAAUAGAAUCUAACCAACAAAAACGAACCAUAUCAAAUCAAAGUCCUCGCCCAUUACCAAAGACAAUGCCUUAUGUGUAGCAUUGUUGUGCGUUCUAAAUCCACCAAAACACAUUACAUAAGCAGCCGCACUCACUCACACACUGUCUUCAACAUAAACAUAAACACAACACAACACAACUCUUUUUCAGAUCAUACCCAGCUGAGCCACAAUGUAAAUCCCAUUUCUUGUUUCUAGCACCAGUGUAUAAUCAGCUCUAGGAGUUGGAAAGUUCAGACCUUUAAUCACUAAAAGGGGAAAAAGUUCAGACCUUUUAUGCACAUUUUCGGAUCAUGGAAAUCUAUAAAACCCCAGAAACCCUAGAGGUUAAGUACCCUGAUGGUAUAAUCCUGGAAACUCAAAACCCAGAUGGCAAGCAUCUAGAAGAAGAAGAAAUGAAUUUGUUUGGUUUAGGUGAGAGUUUUGCUGUGGAAGAAAUGAAUUUGGAGGUUCCUGUAGAGGAAAAUGGAGAACAGGUUGUUACAAAUGGUGAGAAUCAUGAGGCUGCGUGUGUGGAAUCCUUGAACGGAUUUGAUGAUGUUGAAGGAGAGAAUUUGGGUGCCAGUUUCGAUGAAUUGGUUGGUGUUGACGCGAGUGAAGUUGGAAUCGAGAAGGGUCCUUUGGUGAAUGAUAUAAUGAAUAAGACAGUUGAGAACAAAAAUGAUGCCCCAGCUGUGGGGUUUGAUGAGAAUGUAGUUAAUUUGGGUGGUGGUGAGAGUGAGGAAGUUGAAAAAAGUGUGGAAGAUGAGGCUUUAAAGGAGUGUGAAUCAUUGGGAAAUAAUGGCAGUGUGUGUGGUAGGAAGUUAGAGAUCUGUGGAGGCAAUAUAUCACUCUAUGUUGAUUUUUCGGGUUCUCUAAGCGGGAGUCGCAGCAAUAUGGACGGUUCUAGGUUGUUGGUAGGUGAAGAGAAUCUUAGAGAAAUUGGUGAUGAGGAAGCGAAAGAGUCUAUUCAAAAGUUUUGUGUGGGCGACAUUGUGUGGGUUAAAACCAAUAAUCAGUCUUGGUGGCCAGGAAAGAUUUAUGAUCCACUAGAUGCAAGAAAAUAUGCAGUGGAGGUCGACAAGAAGAACUGUCUGCUUAUCGGGUAUUUUGGCUUCAGCCACAUUACUUGGUAUUUUCCAUCCCAAAUAAAACCUUUCCUUGAAAACUUUGAACAGAUGGUUGAGAAAAACAAGGGCAAAAGCUUCCUGGGCGCAGUAGAGAAGGCAGCAAAUGAGUUUGGUAAGUAUCUGAAAUCCGAGAUGACUUGCUCCUGUAUUCUCAAUAAGUAUCAGCAAUCAUCUGGUGACAUUGUAAUUCAAGGAGAUGUUUCUUCACCGAGGUGCAAAUUUGGUGAUUUUGGUGAAUUAUCAUUUGCUUAGUUUGAACCGUUGAAGUUUCUAGCACAAAUUAAAGACCUUGCGCAGGGUGUUUCCAAGCCUAGCAUCCUUGAGUUAACUGUAGCAAAGAAUCGUCGGUCGGCGUUUUAUAAUUCCACAGGACAUGGCCUAGUGUCUCUGAAACAACUUUCAGAAUCAACUGAUGACCAAGAUGCUGCUGGGGGUGUUUUAAUGGUGAAAAGCAACGUUGGUGCUCAAGAUAGAGGUCAAAGUUCAGAAGCUGCCAAUGGGGAAUUGCAAAGCACUAAAUUGCAAAAGAAAAAUGAAGACCUGCGCAAUACGGCAAAGAAUUGUGAAGGUGAUAUUCCUGGAAGAAAUGUUAUCGUAAAUGACCUGGCAUCAAAUUCUCGGAAGAGAAAGAAAAAGAAGCAUUCUGAAGUCGAAGGCUAUGAUGUCAGUCUUUCAGAAUCUUCUCAUAAGGAGGAAACCGGCAUUUUGGGAUCUCCAACGACAGUGGAGAAGCUGUCAGAGUUGAGGGGAAGGAAGAAGAGCAAGUAUCUGUCAUAUCCCUAUGUGAACUUGGAGCACAAAAACUUGCCAAUUGAAACAGAUGACUGUGAGUCUCAAAAAGUUUCUUCAGAGGCAGAACAUUUUCGAUUAGUUUCUAAAUCUGGUGGUACGAGGUUUCAGAAGAAAUGGCUAAAAAAGUUCAUACACAAUAACGAUAUGUCUAGUCGGCCGGAGAUGAUAAAUGCACCCGUGGCCAAUUUCCUUUCGGAACUGCGUUUCACAGCUACAGAUUGCAUGUAUUCAACUGAAAGUAAAAAAUUUGAUUUGAUGGAGUGGUUCUUUGCAAGGUUUAGAAUAUCGAAAUAUCAUGACGAAAGUAUUUAUGAGAUGCAGUGCAAGAACAUGGUUGGUAGAACUGAUGAGCCACUUCUGGGAGAGGAUACGCCGGAGAUAAACCAGACUUUAGCAGAUAUUGAGGAUGAGCAGAAGAAGAAGAAAAACAACAAGAAACAGAAAAAUGGAAACUCAACUGGGUCAAAAAACAAAUGUCUUCACAGUGUAUCAGAUGCGAGUAUAAAUAUUGCUGCAGCUGGUACAGUUGUAAAAGUUUCCUGUGAAAUGGGCCCUUCUACACCUAAUGGAAGACCUGGACCAAAGAAGAAAAAGAAGCAAGUAACAACUCCUACAGGUUUACCAGACUUGAAUAGAAAUGGAAGUAUGACUAGUUUGUCGGCUGAAAUUUCUCAGUUUAUGGGCCGUACUGGACCUGAGCCGAAUGAGAUGGAGAAGAAAGCAAUCUCUUCUGGUGUAAAUUCAAGAGCUGCAGAACCUGGCAAUAUGGCGGUAGAUUUACAGGCAGCAGGUCGAAUUUCGAUAAAUAUGAUACCCAAAGAAAUUACAGGGGAGGAUGAUACUGCUAGUAUACCAACUUCAAAUGGAAAUAGUACAAUUCCGGGCCUCUUUUCAAAAGAAUAUUCAUCUUUUGGACCUGUCAAUGCUGAAACCAAGCCCAGGCCGCGAAAAAGAAAAAGAAAGGACAAAUCAGCUUCUGUGCAGGCUCCAGUUGCUGCUGGUGAGCCUGGUUUAGAUGGUACUCCCACUGAAGCUAGCAUGCCGGCCAAAUCAGCUUCUGCGCAGGCGACAUUUGCUGCUGGUGAACCUGGUUUAGACGGUACUCCGACUGAAACUGGCAUGCCGGCCAAAUCAGCUUCUGAACAGGCUACAGUUGCUGCUGGUGAACCUGGUUUAGAUGGUACUCCGACUGAAAUGAAAACAGCUUCUGAGCAGGCUACAGUUGCUGCUGGUGAACCUGGUUUAGAUGGUACUCCUCCUGAAACUAAAGCAGCUUCUGAGCAGGCCACAGUUGCUGCUGGGGAACCUGGUUUAGAUGGUACUCAGACUGAACCUGGCAUGCCGGCCAAAUCAGUAAAAAGGAAACCAAGAAAAAAAGAAACUAGGCCACGACGACCGAGAAAGAAACCAUUUCCGCAAAUACCAGAUAUAAACAUGAAUUAUGAAAAUAUGGAGGCAAAUGGAGAAGCUCAAGGGACUGCUCUGAUGUUGACAUUUGCUUCAGGAGUUUCUUUGCCUUCAAAAGAAGUUCUCCUUGCAACAUUUUGCAGAUUUGGACCCUUAAAGGUAUCAGAAAUACAGUUGUUCAAAAAUUCUGGUACUGCUCAAGUUGUUUUCUUGAGGAGUAGUGAUGCUGCAGAAGCAGCGAGAAGUCUAGAGAAUUGCAGUCCGUUCGGGGCAACUCUUGUUAAUUACCGACUUCGUCUUCUUUCAGCUGCCGCAACCACUCAGUUUACAGAAGGGGUCAAAGCGCCUACGAAGCCUUACAGCUCAAUGCCAAACCCGCCUGAGGCGCCUGCAAAGUCUUACAGCUCAAUGCCUAACCCGACUGAGGCGCCUGUGAAGUCUUACAGCUCGAUGCCAAAUCCCGCUGAGGCGCCUCCCAUUGACUUCAUAAGGCACAAUCUAGAGAUGAUGACAUCGAUGCUUGAGAAGGCUGGAAAUAAUCUAUCUCCAGAAAUGAGAGCCAAACUGGAAAGUGAGAUCAAAGGGCUCCUCAAAAAAGUGAGUUCCAUGCCUAGUUCCUCCUCGUAAUAAGAAGUCGCCGCCGAAGUUGCAGAAUAAUGUGCUAGGUUGUUUUGUUGUUUUGUUAGAUGUUGCUUCUGUAGUCUGCUCUAUCUCUUUGUAUGUCAACUUUAAGACCAAGAACUUUUGCAGUUAAUUGCAUUGAGAGGGCAUUUGCAAUGGCUAUAACAAGGGAGCUUCAUGUUUAUCAGUA